AUGAGACUAGAAGAAGAGAAAUGGGGCUCAUUUUACCACCUCGGCGAUUUGGCAGAAGCCAGCCCAGAAGAACAAGAGUUAGUCGAGGCGUUGACCCAUAGUCUGGUAGGAGGCAAAGGUGAGCAGCCUCUUAUGUCUGACUUUGUCCACAGGAUGAAUGUAGUACCCAACUUCCGACUCCUGCGUUCAGGGAAACCUGAUAUGUCACUAACCGACUUGAUCAAGAUAGAAGGUCAGCUGUCGCUCGAAGAUGAAGCCUUCGGACCAUUUAAUGGACCUUAUUGGAUUGGAGAUGAAGCAGGCCAAGGGGGUCUUGGGGUAAACCUGGAGAAGAAAAUAGCGACGCUCAGGAGCGGCGAAAACAACGGGUCAGACUCAAGCUGGGAGGUUGCGGUCCAGAAUCCUAGGAUGGAUAUAUUUACAGUGAACAGCGUGAAAAAGAAGCCACAAAAUGAGAGCACCGUGACGGUUGAGAACAGCCCUAAGUGCAAGCCAUAUCCGCCAGCUGAAAAUCUCACGAUCGACGUGAACGAGCUCAAGAAGAGGAUCCAAGGAUUUGGCCCCCGUUAA